AUGGUUGGAAAUCUCUUGUCUGAGCAAGGGCGGCUAUAUGGCGAAGGUUUUCAGAACAAGGUUUUAGAGCAGUUUCGGAGAAUUGCGAGCAAUCCGGCAGUGAACAUCCAUAACAACCUUUUUUGCAAGGGUUUAAUUAAGAUGUUCCCCGUACGGGUGGCGGUGGAAACAGUUCGGGCGCAGCAUUGUCUUUCAUGCGCUCACGAUGGUCAUAUACUGGUUGACACUUACGCUAUAGUAUCUGGCACUACAGUACUGAGUCAAUUAGUGGAAACUGUAUUGUCAGCGCUGGGACAUCCACAGCUAGCUCUCAACGCUCGAGGACUCGUGCAAGUGAACAACUGGAAGGCGCUGCCAUUUGAACAGAUCACCGAUAAUCCGGAUGAGACGGUGCACUCACUAUUUAAAGACAUUUCCGGACACAUCACUCUUCGGAUUCUUACAAAACCAAGCACUUCCGACUCAGCUAGCACCCAAUGUAUAACAGAUCUCAAACAGCGACUCUUGAAGACAGCAGUCUCCAAGAACCCACAGAUUCUAAACAGUGUGGAUAACCAACAAAUCAAAGAAUUAAUCAAUCAAGUUAUCGCCGGUGACGAUCCAGCCAUGCUGAAUCACGAGCAGAUCAACUCCAUCAACGAGUGGCUCGAGACGCUCGACCAGGGUGACGAGCGACGAAGUCCCAUCGCGCAGACGAGGUUCAAUCAAUUGUUCGAAAUCCCAAAAUUGGAGAAAUGGUUCAAGACAGAUUCAAGUCCUAGCCGCCAAAAAUUGUUGAAUUAUAUGAACAUCCUCAACGGAAGCAGUUAUCGGCGAAAUCAUCAAAAAAUUAGCUAUCAACAGAUUUGUAACUGGUUUGCUAAUCAACGUGCAUCCACCCGUCGGCCAGCCUUAGCCGCCGCUCACACACAAGUCAACCAACAGGUGCCGAGCAUUCCAACGAUGCUUCCGGAUUUUCGGCCGAAGUUCGACUUCAACAAUGUGAUCGAGAGCUGUCAGAAGAGCAGCAACGGAGACGAGAGCCGCAUUGACGGCGGCUCCGACUCGCCGACGCCGAACGACGACGAGGUGCACAGCAACAGCGACGGCGCGGAGAUGUCCACGUUCCCCCACAUAAAGCAGGUUGGUGAGGCAUACCAGGAAUCUACCGCCUCAUCUCCGGAUCUGUCUCUUAUCAACUCUAUAGCAAGCUCUUCUCCAAAGCAUAUUCAAAACGAUUUAUCACUUGGAAAUAACCUUGGAGGUAUGGGAAUAGGCUCACAAGCUGCACGCUCACGUCUGAUGUUCGAUCCGUUGACGGAGUUGCCAAUUUUGGAGAAAUGGUUUGAAGAAAAUCCACAUCCGACGUGGAUGCAAAUCGAUCAGUACACACAGAUGCUGAACGGUUGCCCCUAUCGGGAGAACUACCCACACAUCAGCCAACAUAAUGUCAAGAUCUGGUUCAAAAACCGUCGUGCAAAGUGCAAGCGCAUGCAGACGGGCAUGGUCGAGAAGCUGGAAAAACUGUUCGCGUGAUGAAAGAAGUGGACAACUCGUCCAGUACUCAGUUUCUUCCUUGUAUCAUGCAUCCUUAUAUACACAAACGAACACAUGUCAUUCUUCCCCUAUCGCUUUCUGUACUCACACGUACCCUCGUAACUUAUCCGGGUCAUAUAAAUCUUAAUCCGUGUUGUGGGAGUGCCUUCUCGCCGCAUAUGGCUCUAGUCUAGUUGAGUUACCCAUUUUAUUGUUUUUGAUCAUUUUUUUCGAUAGAAAUAUACUUAUAUGUCUUGUCGCUGCCCUCUCGAACCCUUGCACCUAACCCUUUGAUUUGUCCCGUUAGCAUCAUAUCCCGUAAGCCUCGUUCAGAGUGCUAACCCUUCUCCCGAGCCACUUUAUCCAUUUGAAGAGUUUUAAUGAUGGUCCUCACUCGUUUCACUUAUGCUUUUGGAAUUGCCACCGAGUACUUUAUAGAUUGCUUUCAAUUGAAGAGUUUUGUUUUGUGAAUAGUCUCGCUGAGUGUUCUCGUUUCCGGAUUAGUUGCGCCGAUUAGCUCUUUUCUUUUCCUUUCUCUGUUCGUCUUCCCGCGUUGUGUUGUAUAUAGCCGUUUUGUUUGAUCUGGGCCGAAGGCUUUUGUUUCUUUCCUUCCCAAAUAGCUCUUCUUCUUCGUCAGUGUUGCGUUCGGAUGUUCGGAUAAUCGCCGUGAAAGCCUUCGUCCCGACCUGUACGAGACUUCGACGGAUACGUAAUCGCACGUUGUCAUGCUACACUUUAAUUUCGUACUUAAUAAUUCUUCGUCGCUCUUGCCACAUUGUGACAUUUAUCUUCUAUAAUAAAGCUUGUCAGAU